AUGCCACCAAACAAGAAGCAAAAACUCGACAAUCGACCUACCUGUCUGCAUUCAUGCAACAAGACUUCCUUUGCAAAGGCUUUCUUACCUAAUGAGACCUACCGGCAGCGUCUUCUAGAUUACAUCGCCAUCAUCCAUCAACUCGCCGACCAUGCUUCCCACGCGCUGAAAUUCUAUCUCCUUUCAGCACCAACCUUUCCCACGGUAAAUGAAGAUACAAUCGAAGGCAUCCUGUAUCUUCUCAACAAGGGGGAGGCUUGGCAUCCAAGAAAGGAAGCGAAGAAGGCAUGGCGGGAUAGUUUGCUGCCAUACGUUCAACGGUACUGCCAAAUCGUCGGCUUCGUUCAUCCAAAUCUACGAGGCGAGCAGCAGUCAAUCAAUUACCUGACAGCGAGUAUGAUGACAAACCUGAAAGUCAACGUUCAAGAGCAUUUUAUGACGAUGCUGCUCCGAUAUAUCAAUCUACGGCUGGACGUGAAGGGACGGAAAGGGCAAUUUCCUCCAAAGAGUGAAGUGCGGAAAGCUUUCUUUGCUCGGCUACGCUACUUGAAGUCGAUUUUCCUUUUUGAUGUCGUGCCCGAGUCACUGGAUGACUUGACUGCUGAAGAGAGUGAGCUUCUAGAAGAGAUGUGGUCAUUGGAUCUCCCAUUCCUUCCCAACAAUCCCCUUGCCUACGCCAUUGUUGCUGAUCCGAUGUCAUUUUUUCCCGCGUACUGCAAACUCUCUGGGCUGUAUGAACGAUAUGGCUUCCGACGGUUCAGUGCAAUACCUCUGCGCCGCUCGCUCAUUCAAAGUCACGUGCGAAUCGACACCAUCAUCCUGUACCAGCAUAUCCUUUGCAUCACACGUCCAGAAGCAGAAGCGGUCGAAAAGGAUGAUCUGUGGUUGCGGGUCUGUAAUCUAUGUACCAAGGCUUUUCGGUCUCGCCGCGGUAUGCAGUUUGAAGGCUCGAUCACGACGGAUGGUACCUCGGUGUCGGUUUACUUGAAACACCCUGAUGCCGACAAGUAUGGAAGGCGCGGGGGUGGGAAAAAGUCAGCAAAAACGAUGGAGGCGGAGGUUAAAGCGGUAUAUGUGGAGAACAACUUGCCUGCUUGUCGAGCAGCAGAGAACAUUGUCGUUAUCGACCCAAACAAGCGCGACAUUCUCUACUGCCAAGACAGCAAUGGUGCGACAAUGUUUCGCUACACCGCCAAUCAACGCUGCAGGGAGACUGGCAGCCGGCAAUUUGCAAAGAGACGAGAAGCAAUGAAGAAGGAAGCGGGAAUUGACCUCAUAGACUCACGAAUACCAUCCCCCAAGACGAUGAAUCUCAUGGACUUCAUGCGUUACCUUCUCGUUCGCCGCGCUGAUUGGGAUCGUCGCAAGGAGUUCUACUCCCAUCCUGCCCACACGCGGUGGAAGUGGCACUCUUUCAUCAAUCGGCAGCGAAGUGAAUCGGACCUCAUAAGCAACAUGCGCGACAAGUUUGGGAACUUCACCGUUGUGAUGGGUGAUUGGAGCGAUGCCGGCCGAACUGCAAAAUUUCAGACCUCAUCAAAGACAAAAGGCUGGCGCAUUCUGUUCAGGCGCAAUCGCAUCAACUGCUUCCUGAUUGAUGAACACAAGACCUCAUCUGUUUGCCCUCGCUGUUUGGCCUCAUACAACGACUUCCUUGAAAAGGACUUCAAACAACGACCUCAUUCAAGACCUUGGCGGCGACGAGAAGGCAAGGUUGAAGAUGUCCAUGGCUUGCUGGGUUGUACCAACCCUAACUGUUUGCAGCAAGACUGGACGACAAUGCGCUACUGGAAUCGAGAUACGCUGGCAACGUGCAAUAUGCUGACAAUCGUGCAAUCAAUGUUGGAUGGGCACGGUAGACCAGAAAGGUUCAGCAGAAGCGUUCCAGCUAUAGCGUAG